UGACAGAAAUCUUAAUCUUUGAAGUAUUUAUUGUAACUUUGGGAAUUACAAAAUAAGAAAACAACAAAAUUCACUAAUCUAGAUCAAAUUUAAAUUAAUGAAAUGAAAACUUAAGAUCCGAUAUUUUGUGAUAACAUCCAUAACUAAAAUCUCUUUAAUUCGUGUAAAGACGUCUUUGCAAGGAUACUGCGACAAUACAAAGAAUACUUUGCAACCAAACCUUUCGUGACAAUGUCUGCAUCUGUUGACUAAAAUUUGAAACCUAAUAAGCUUUUAACAAGGUCAACAGUUUUCAUCAACUCGUAGUCGACAAAAAUAAUUAGGAAUCGGUACAUACAAUCACAUUUGUGCAAUCGGUCUGCCUUAAAUUAAAGAUAAAGUGUUAGUGUCCGCGAAAAUGAUGUGUACUUUGUUUUUCGCAAUCACAACGUUACAUGAACAUGGAUGACCUAAAAUGCGAAUACGUAAAGAAAAAAAGAUGCUUUGGAUUGUCUCAGAAAGUGCGAGUUAAAAAACACAAUAAUGAUAGGUACUUCGAUUGUAGAUAAUCAAACGUAAUCACAGUAUUAACGAGUGAUCAGUGAGUGUCUCAGCAUCAAAAGUGAAAAUGUGAUGUGUCAAACUGAUUGUUUACUUCACGACGGACAGGUGACGGUGAGCGGUUCGUAGAAGUGGUACGCGAGGGCGGCGGGAGGCGGGCGGUAUGUCGGGCCGUUCGAGUCCCGUGAACGGUGGCUACGACGCUGCCGAGCCCGCCAUGAGGCUCUCCGUGCGCAAGGACCUGUUCCCUGACGCACGGGCGUCCGAGCCGUCCACCGACUCGGAGUCCGAGGAAGAGCUCGUGUCCUGCGUCAAGCUGGAGACCGACUUCGAGCAGAGCAUCGACGCCAUCGCGCACCAGAGGAUGCAGAUGAACGGAGCGCUGCCGUCCCCGACACGUUCUCGCCACCGAAAGCACAAGCAGCGCUCCAGGCGCGACACCAACCACUCCACACUCAAUGGGUGUCUUCCCAAAGAGAGGAAGCGGAAAAAACGUUCUCGUGAUCCCCACAAAAGGACACAUACAUCAAAACGUGUAGUGUCACAAGUGAAAGGUGGAAAAAACUUAAAUUUAGUUAGUAGUAGUGAGUGCCACGAUGAGGAGGAGGUUGAGGAGGCAGAAGAAGAUAGUGAAAGUUCAGACGAUGAAGUGCUAGGCCAUAGUGUAAAGUUACCGUUAAUUAAUGUGCAGAGAGCUAGUGGCAAACCUUACAGUCAUAGACUUAGUCAAUUAUCAUCAAAAAAGAGUAAAUCAAAGGAACAAAGGACUCAUAUAGUGAUACCCUGUAGUGGAAAACCUCGAUCUAUGCUGGAUCUCUGUAGUUCUCGUAGCAAAAAGAAGUCCAAGAAAUCUGAUAGCAGUACACCCACAUACCGAAGUCAGAUAGUGGAUACAAAUACUAAAAUCAAAAUUAAGAUUAAACGAACAAGUUUUCAAGAAGUGGUAGCCCCAACACCAACAUCAGUAGCUGAUAUUGGACAGAGAAAGUCGAAAAAGAAGAGAGCAGCAUCACCAGUGGCCAGUGCGAGCUCCGGUGAGGAGUAUGAUCCUUCGAGAGGGGACGCAGUGAUGAGUGUUGCUGCACCUAAACCUCGCGCAACCCGUUCUAAACCUAAAAAAUCUAAUAAUAAUAACUCCAAAACUAAAGAUAAAGCUCAAAAGACUGAAUGUACUAGAAGUAGUGAAACAGAUAGUAAGGGAAGUGGGCCUCAGAGUCCAUGGGCGCAUUCCAUGCCUGAAGAGAUUUUAGUUAAAAUUUUUGAAAAUGUUGUACAACAAGGUACAUUGCCAGCUGUAAUCAGGUUGGGUAGGGUGUGUAAGUUAUGGCACAGUGUCAGUUGUAGGCCCGAGCUGUGGAAAAAUGUUGACCUUGCACAGUACACUGUUGAAAAAUGCAAAACUGACUACAAACUAGUCUGGCUACUAGAAAAUCGUUUAUCCCAAUGUCAAUCUUUAAAUAUUGCUCAAUGGAAGGUGUGCAACGUGUCGUGGGUGCUAGCGUGUGUGGUGGACUACUGCCCCGGGCUGGUGGAGCUGAGCGUGGCGGGCUGGAGCCGCAUCACGCCGGAGCAGCUGUUCGACGUGGUGCAGGGGCUACCUAAGCUGCAGCGGCUCGAUCUCUCACUGACGUCGGAGACGGGCGGGUCGAGCACGUGUCUGUCGGCGGCGUCCAUGGCGCGCGUGGCGAGUCACUGCGGCGCGCGUCUCACGCACCUCACGCUCGCCAACAACAAGUUCUCUGCGCUGCCGCAAAUACUCUCCUCAGUCGCCAGUCACUGUCCGAAUCUCGAAGUGCUAGAUAUAUCUGGUGCUCAGGCGACGUCUCAUCCGGCCCCUAUACCCCUGGAAGCUCUGCAGAAGGGAUGCCCUAAGAUCAGGGUAUUCAGGGCAGCCAAUGCUCAGUUAGUUCUAGCUUCGGCCACGAAGACUCAACAGAUGGAGGCCGGUGGCUGGACCCAGUUGGAGGAGGUAUCGAUAGCCGGCAGCGUGGCCGAGGAGCGCGCGUGCGUGGGGGAGUACCGGCUGGGGGACGACGCGCUGGCGCGGCUGGUGCGCGGCGCCACGCGGCUCAACCUGCUCGACCUGCGGGGCCUGCAGCGCAUCACCGACUCGGGCCUGGUGCGGGUGCCGGCCUGGGACUUGCAGCAUCUGUUCCUCGGAGGGUGCAACGUGUUGCGGCAAACGAACGCGUGCCUGGAGCUGAUCUGCGAGAAGUGGUCGCACAGCCUCAUAGAGCUGGACCUGUCGUGGGCCUCCAACGGCAAGGUGCUGCACGCCGCCGUCUGCGCGCUGGCCGAGUCCCCGAGCAGCAAACUGAGAGUUCUCAAUUUGUGUGGAUCGUCUGUCUCGUAUGAAGCUAUCAAGAAAGUGCUACUGAGAUGUCCUUGCUUAGAAUCGCUAAACUUAAGUUCAUGUCGUGCUUUGCCGAGAGGCAUGAAACGUCUUUACACGGGAAAGGAACUUCAGGACCUCAAAGACAGCUUGGACCCGGAAAAAAUUAAAGCCAAAGAGAGCAAAACUGAAGAAUCUAAAAGGAAAAAGUCAAAGACGCAGACCUCCAAGACUGAAGAAGAAAAAGAUUCCGAAAAGAAUGACACGGCUGAAAGUUGUAGUAGUAAAGCAGAAAUUAAAUCUCCCGACAAGUCUUCCGAUACUGUGUUCCAGGAGCCGAAAAGUGUACCCGAUUUAAGUACCAGCGUUUCCGAAAAGCGUGCAUCUGUCGAAAAACAAAUGACAUCUUCCCCUAGUAAUAAGGUCGUCGAGCAAUCGAAAACUGCGUCAGAGAACGCAAGCUCAGGUGCUGUCCGACAAAUAUCGAGUCCGCUCGCUCAAUCCAAACCCGACUCGUCAUCCACCCCCAGGUCAGACUCCGUCAAAACUGACGCGGGAAGUCCACACUUUAGUCCCGUCCAAAAGCCAGACAGUCAGGUGCCCAGUAGCCCUGACGUUCCCCCAGAGUUGACAAAGGGCAACCAUUCUUGGAAUUUAGGUCAGUUUAAAAGUACUCCUUCUCAUAAAUCUGAGGCGAGUCCACUCAACAGAUUAGAAAGUCACACAAAAAUACGACAAGGCAAAGGCAUCGAGCAAUGUAGUCCGACGACUUCUCUCGAGAACAAACCUAGUCCCGAAACUAUAGGAAUGAAACAAGAUAUAAAGAAUCUCGGUAAUUGGAACUACAGCACAUCGGGCUACAGCCCGAUGCCUAGACAAGAGAGUCAGUUCUCUUCACAGAGAAGUCCAUAUUCAACUCAGCCCAGCCCCGCUCAGCCGAGUCCCUACUCGACUCAACCCAGUCCCUACUCCACGCAGCCCAGCCCAUACUCGUCGCAGCCUAGUCCCUACUCCGCUCAGCCGAGCCCGGACACGAGCCAGAUCGUCAAGCCGGAUCUGCAGAAGCCAGGAGCGUGGAGUACUGAUAACUUCAGUCCCAUGCCUAAGCAUCACGCUCCGUUUUCACCGCACCCUUCCACUCACGCGAGCCCCGACCCCGGCCUGGGAGUCAAGAGCGACAACAUUCGGAACAAUCCAAACAGAACGCCCGGUCAGUACAGCCCGAUGUCGCGCCAGCAGCACCACAGCCCCUAUUCGCCCCGACCGAGCGUAGAGAACAGUUACAGCAACAAUAAGAAGAGUCCGGCAGGCGUCGGCAAGUACAGUCACCUGCCGAGCCCCGACGGAAGCCACGCAUCACGCCCGCACUUGAGUGCGAGGGCGCAGGACGUGUACGGGCGGUCGGUGCCCAAGGUGCUCGAGAUACCUCCGAACGUGCCUCCGCCAGAAAUCCCGAACUCUUGGGGCUUCAAUCCCAUGAACAGUACGACGCCCGGCAUCGAAUCGUUAGUGUGGGGAGCGUCGUCGUUCGGGACGGAGCCCGCGCUGCAGUCGCCGCUGCACUCACGCGUGGACAACUUGCCUACAAUGUUGAACACGCCGCCGCCGCAGCCGUGGGGCAACCUGUCGCCGUUCGACAGCGCAGUGCGGCGCGCGCCUGACGCGAGCGACCCGUGGACGCUGGGCCAGUUUCGCGUGGAGCCGCCCACCCAGGUGCACGACACGUUCGUGGAGCAGAACGUGAGCUUCGAGGGGCUGGGUGCGCACCUGGCGCACGGCGCGCACGCACUGCACGGCUACCUGGACGACAGCUUCUCCGAGUCGACGCGCGCCGACUGACGCGACACGCCGUCCUCGUAUCGACGUUCCCUGUCCGUCAGCUUCCUCGGCCCCGGGGUUCCGCUGAGACGUUCCAAUACACGCAUUGGAGUGAUGUAAUUAAACAUUUGAACAAUUAUUUGUUAGUGAUUGUAAAUAAGAUUAUCUAGAUAGUCGUAAGUUUAAUGAAGCUAGGAAUGCAUUCAAAUUAUUUUGCAGCCGAUAGUUUAUGAGAGAUGAUAAUUAAUUAUAUUAGGAGUUAGCGGAUCGAGAUAUAGAUGAUAUACGUUGUUUUGUACUCGAUUGUUAGAAUGUUCUCUUCAAUAUUCUUCGUUGAAUCUGUAUGUUUUUGGGAAACGAUUGAAAUAUAAAUUAUUUCUGAUGCAAGUCAGAAGUAGAUUUUUCCCGUAGGUAAAUCAUUAUGUUUGUUGUGUAAAUCGGUCUUAUGAAAAGCAAUAACAAUAGUAAUAAUAUAAACUGAAUAGUGCUACACUGUAGCUUAUAUUUGAUUAUAAAAAAUACAUUAUUUAAUAGAAAAAAAUUGAGGCCAUGAAUUGUUGUCUCAAAUAGCUCAAUGAAGUUUAUCUCAAUUUUAAAAUAUCGACAUUCCUUCUUAAUAGUUAUUUAUACAUAGUUUCAGAAAAAUGAGAUACAAUGUUAUAAAACUUUGUUUGCAUUGCUAAACCGUUAUUAUUCCGGAAAUAUUUUUUUUAUAUUGUUGACAUUGAAUGGAUUUAGAAAGUGAUCUGAGCGAUAGUUGAGCAGCUAUGUUAGUGAUUCUAUUAUAUUUUUAUUUUAAAUAGAUCCUUGUAAAGGAGUCAAUAGGACACAAUAUUUACCAUCUAUAUCAUAUAAUAAUUUGUCCGCUUAUCUUGAAACAUCUUUGUAAUAAGUAUCACAAUCAAAAAUUAUAUAAUAUUUAUGAAUUUAUGAAUUACUUGAGCACAAAAUCACAAUGUGAAAUUUGAAAAAAAAAACUGCAAAUGAGCUAAAUAUCGAAUAAGGCUAAAAUAUCAAAUCCUUAAAAGUAUUUAUGUUUACUCAAUAUUUUUAUGUUGCAAUGGAUAUUUCGCUAGCAUCGUCCUUUUUGUUACUGCCAGUAAUAAAAUAUUAUUAACAUUGCUGCAUUUGUAAUAAAAUCGAAAAUUAAUUAACCUGAUGAUCUAAAACCUGUGGCCUCAGACCAAUUAUUGCAAUGAUAAUUUUAUACUAUAGAUCGGUUACGUCCCUACAAAAUCACCGCAACAAGUGAUCUGAAAUAGGCUACAACGCUGAGCGCACACAUGCACAAUUUUGACUUGAAUUCCAUUAUAUUUAUGUAUAUAUUGUUUUUACACUUUCUGAACACACAACUCGACAUUGUAGACGGACGGACGGACGGACGGUUUAAAUAACGUUCGUACACAACCACAACUAACAGUGAGAUGUGGAAAUUUCCUCUUUUGAGCGCCUCAUUUUUCAUGUGCUAGUAACACAUCUAACAGUAUUUAACAUCAUUGAAUUAUUGUACCAGACCUGUCUCGCUAGACGUUACAUUAAGUAAAAACUAUAUAUGUAUACAUAAAUAUAUCAUUAGUAUAAUAAACACAAAAUUUUGCAUGGGUGCGCUUAGGGGGAGUAGAAAUUCACUUUUAGUGGUGAUUUUGUAGGCACGUAACAUAUCCAAUAGUAUAAAAUCUUUGAGAAACUCUGGUUAUAGAAGGCUUUUGGACAAUAGGUGAAUAAUUAAAGUCUCAAUACCCACUCCUAAUACAGUCUUUCCCGACUAGUUGGAGGAGAAUGGGUAUAUUGGACAUAUUGAUAAUAAUUAUAGAACUGCGCACAAAUGAGAGGAAUAGAUUUCCUGACUCUGGUAGUGUUUAACUUCAACAUUGCUAAUACAUAAAUGUAUAUUGUAUGCUCAUGACUCCAAUAAGAAUCAUCAAUUUAAUUUUUAAUAAGUAUAAUUGACAUUUUGUAAUAUAAUUUGACAUAAUUUUGUACCUUGAAAAAAUCAGCCAAAUGAUCUUGAUUUUCUUUUUGAAUAUUUUUUUAGAUGUUAAGUAUUUUAUGCCCGUUUUUAAGGCUCAGAAUUGGAAACAAAUGAAAUCGAUACAAAAAAUCUAAACAAACAAAGGCAAGUACAAAGUGCUUUGUAUAAAUUAUUUAUCUAUUAAGUAUUUGUUGUUGUAAUUCAAAGAGAACCGUGAAAUAACCAAAUAUUGUUUCAUUACCUACAUUAGCCUUAUUAAAUGCCUAUACUUUUACGAAGAAGAUAUUUUAUAGUUUUAUUAACUUAUUACAAAUCGGAGAAUAUUAUAAUAUACAUAAAUGUAUAAAAUAUAAUAUUAGGUAAAUAUUAAUGUUAAAUAAUCGUGUACUAUAGAAUGUAUAAAAUAAAGUUGACUAAUAUCUGUAAGUUUUGUUAUGUAGAGAUUUUUGUUUGUAAUAUUGUUACAUUACUGCGAGGACACACAUGCGGUCCAAUUUUUAUAAUCUAACCAAUAAAAUAUCGAUGUGGUUGUAUAUUUACAUUUUGAAUAGAUUGUAAUCUAUUUAUUAAAAUUCUUUCGUUGAAAUGAACAA